GCAUAAGGAUUUGACAGGACCUGCGUGAUGGGGAACACACAAGCACAACAUACGGCCACACAGCCGACCAGUGUGUUGUCAGCUGAGCAGCAACCAGCCUCAAGGUCGUCCAAAACGCCGUCUCUCUCCAAGGGUCGAAGUUUUAUCAAAUUCGGCAAGCGUAAGCAGCUGUUGGUGGAGCACGACAGCCAAGCGCCGUCGUUGGCCGGCGGAAGGAUAGUCAGCGAGGGAGAUGGCAUCAAAGCCGACCUUGCUGCUGCUGACACGGAAGAGGACGGCUUUUCGAAUAUACUGCUCGAGGUAGCUACUCACCUAGACCGGAACAACUCACACCGUGAGCAAAGCGAUGGUGGUAGUGAGCUUGCUGAGAAAUCAGCUGAUUCGAAUGCGCGCGACGAGGAGGAGUUUGAUUACAUUCAGAAACAUGUCCCAGCAGACGGCAAACCAUCCAAGCACGCAAAAGAUGUGUCGCGAUCCAUUUAUGACGCAACUGACGAUACUGAGCAACACACUGAACGAACACAACCCGUACCGGCUUCGACGACGAUGACGACAUCAACAACUGGGGGCAUGAUCGCCAACCCAAGCGCAUCUUCCACCCACCACGAUCACAAACCACCACCCUCACAAUGUAAGUCGCUGACCUGCUUGGAGACGCACAAUCACAACUCUUCACAACAAAUGCUUCCACCACCGCACCCUGUCUGCCCGCCAGCUGCAACUUGUACUAGCAGCACCGGUUCCGCUCGUACGCUCACUGACACCCGCGAAUGCAACAGCGCACCAACACCACUGCAAGAUAGCGGCUUGCCGGUCGCUACGCAUUCCGUUUCUAUAACAACAAACGAUUGGGAAACCCCCACCCAGCAGCGGGCAGCAUCAGCAGCGAUACGCAGCAAACCAGUUCCAGCCACGGACAGCACGUUCAGCGAUUGUGGUUGUGGUGGUGUGGUCGGCCAACAGCCAGCGAACCCGAUCAUUGUCACUACCGACUCGUGGAAAAGGGCCAAUUCGCUCAAUCAAAAUUCAGCCGCGCGUGAAAGCCAACCUUCGUCCAAUUCGUGCACGGCCGUACGCAGCAAAGAUACUCCGAAUGUCAUACACUUACGCGACCGUACCACAUCGUCAAGUUCCGACUCUAUUUUUACUGAUCCAGCAUCACCACAGGGCGGAUUUGCGACCGAAAUUAACGAAGCUUACUAUUCGGAAGAAAACAUCUGCGAUCUUACCGAAACACCUUCCGCGCCUCAGCAACCUCAGCUGCCAAUCUGCAGCAAUGCUUCACUGACCCACACUAACACCACUGGCAUUGAACGUGAGAAACUUCGACAAGCAAAGCACGAGCCCGAAAAUGUGUCCCACUGCAACGAAAAUAAUUCUAACCACAGACCAUCAUCACAUGCGAAUCUGCACAUCGAACACAACGUAAGCAACGUCUGCAUCGAGCCAGAAGCGGCCGUAUAUAACUCAUCGGACUCAUCCACACCGUCGCCGGAUGACAGUAUGGAACGGAAGCGAGUGUCUCUGUCUCACCGUAGAACAACUGCCGGUGGUGGUGGUGCUACGAUCACAGGCAGCAAUGGUACCGCAUCAGCGGGUACCGGUACACGUGUUCCACCAACGAAUGGGACAAAACCUACGAAAGUGUUGACCAAAUCUGGCCUUUACGUAGGAACAAAGCUACCGGUGCUAACUGAUCGUAAGGUCGGUGCUAAUAGUAUUACCGGUACGGCCCCGGCAAACAGAGUCGUACGACCAUCGUACGUCCCAGAGAAGCUCAACUUUUUUUCAUACGAAAAAUUUGAAGGACAUAUGUUGAUGAACUGGCUAUCAUCAUCGCUGCCAGCGAAUAUACCAGGAGUAAACGAACAGGACCUGCAGGCUCUACUGUUCCAGUACUGCACAAAUCUUCUCGUUGCCGGUGUCAUGAAGCAGAUACCUGACAAACAUGCUCCGCCACAAGAUACAUUCCGGACGAACCUCAUGUACCAGUGGACACACACCGAACCCCCAACACCGACACCUGUUACUCCUGGCCGACUAGAACCUCAUGUCGUAUGGCCACAUGCGUCGGCUUCGCAGGGCAUCGCCAAAAGCGUUUCUCACCAAUCGACUAGCACAAAUACGGAGAACCUCGCGAAUAAGUCUGAAAACGGUAGUACACACAUGGAACCCGGUCACGAACAGAACGACGAGCGAAAGGAAAGUGAUUUCCUGCUCCUGCGCCGUAGGAUUGCGAGCUGCGAAACGAUCAGCCAGUUAAAACGAAUUUUACUGGAGCUGUUUUUUAACGAUGGCUUGCAGCCUGAAGCAGCUGACGCGACGGCCAAUACCAACGAUCAAUCAAUAAGCAAUAGCUAUCGGUUACUUAUCCAAGAUUUGCUGAACGAUUCGGAUUGCACAAUAUACGACAAAGCGAAGACAGAUCUACUAAACGACACCGAUUAUACCGUAUUUGCAGCCCGCACAAGCUCUCCAAAGCGGAAAUCUCUUACCCAAGAGAACAAUAAUUCAAGCGCCGGAACUUUUAGCCAAAGUGGAGAUGAUCUGAACCUAAGUUCCGUUGCAUGUGAUACUACAACGACUGCGACUGCGCACCAAACAUUCCUAAAUACCAGUAUUACUGCCAGUAAGAUAAGUGAUCUUCCAGAGGAUGACAGAACGUGGGUCUCUAACGAAGCAACUAAGCCUAACAUUAGUAACGACAGCAAUAUGCCGUGUACUCCUCCAUCGAUGGCAAAUUACAUUUGUGCUAGCUGCGCCAAAACGCAAAUAUCUGCAGCAAGUACGCUGACCGCAACGUUGAACCAAUUUGUGGAAGAAUCCACAACGAACUGCAAACAGCCUGCAUUGAUGACACGGGAAACGCAAACUGACCCCAAUGAUAACAAGCAUUCCCAGGACGAUCCAGACAUUCCAUGUCCUUCUGACAUUAAGCCUUCAUUACUACCGCCGCCACCGCCUCCACCACCACCACCACCACCACCCUUUUUCAAUAAUGCACAAUUACCUCCUCCUCCACCUCCUCCGCUACCCACAUCAUUACCACCAAUCCCCCCACCACCUCCACCAAUGUUGGGCGAGGGGGGUAAGCUUUCCUUCGCUCCUCCGCCACCACCACCGCCCCCGCCGAUGGGAAUGGGGGGUUCGAAUGCGGGUGGAGCUGCUGGGACAGCUUUGACAGCGGGACCACCACCCCCUCCGCCAGGUGGUAUUGGUGCAAAUGGGCCGAAUGCAGCAGCUCCACCGCCUGGACCAGGUAAAUUAGCGUCAAGUGCCUCUACUAGUGCGAACACCAGUGGCCCUCCGCCACUACCACUACCCAUACCAGUGCCCGGAGGAUGGUAUGCGGCGAAUAUCUUGCGCAAACAACCGGUAAAUCCACCGAAACCGAUGAAGCCCCUCUACUGGACCCGUAUACUAGCACCAAAAAGUACUAACGGGAAAAGCUCGAAUGUGAUGUCGACGUCGCUGAGCGACGAAACUGACGGAACAUCGUCCUCCUCAAUAGCAAGUAUCUCGGAAACGACGGACGGUGAAACGGCGCAGUCCAGCUCCAAAGUUCCCGAAACAAAGGAUGGCUCGCCGCCCCCAUCGAUGGAGCCCGAUAAGCGGCGCCCCGGUUUGUGGCAAGAGCUGGAGGAAACGAGCCUCGAUAAUUUGGAAGAGUUUACGCAACUGUUUUCUCGCCAAGUGAUCAUACCGAAGCAACGGCAAAAGGUUGAAAAGCCGGAAAAGGCGAUUAAAAUACUCGACUGCAAGCGAUCUCAAAAUGUGGGUAUAUUCGCGAAAAGUUUGCACGUAGAGUGGGAUGAAAUUGAAUGCGCCAUCUAUCAUUGCGACACGUCCGUCGUUAGCCUGGAAGCGAUGCAAAAAAUCCUAGAAAUCAAAGCCAGUGACGAGGAACUGAUGCAGAUCCGUGAGUACGCGGAGACCAGUGUGACCAACAAUAACAAUGCAAUCCCGCUCGAUCAACCGGAACAGUUUCUGUUGCGUAUAUCGAGCAUAUCGUUCUUUUCAGAACGCAUAUCGUGCAUCGUGUUUCAGGCUGAGUUUGAGGAGCAUUACAAAGGUGUUUCGCGCAAGUUGAAAACAGUGAAACAGGUCUGCGAAUUUUUGAUGGAGAGCGAAGAGUUGAAGCAUCUAUUCUCUAUCAUUCUCACGCUUGGCAACUUUAUGAACGGUGGCAACCGUACCCGUGGGCAGGCGGACGGUUUUGGGCUGGAGAUUUUAAGCAAGCUCAAGGAUGUCAAGUCGGCCGACACUAAUACGACGCUAUUGCAUUUUAUAAUUCGUACUUAUAUCAGCCAAUGUCGUAAGAGUGGUAUCAUACUGCAGGAAAUUAAGCUCCCCAUUCCAGAUCCUGGCGAUCUGGAUAAGGCCGUCAUAGUGGACUACGACGAUUGUCGAUUGCAGCUUACCAUGUUACGCUCGAAAACGGAAGAGUGCCGUCGGACUGCAGACAGAGUCAUUAAAGAGUCGACAGAAGAUCAUUUGCAUCCUUUUAAGGAAAUAAUGGAAGAGUUCAUCGAAAAGGCUACUGCACGCAUCGGGAAGCAAUUCUGCAAGCUGGAGGAAUGUUGCGAAUGUUUUGUCCGAACAAUGCGCUUCUACCAUUUCACACCGAAAACGGGCACGCUGGAAGAAUGCAAACCCGAAAUGUUCUUCGAGCUGUGGCUACCGUUUGCUCAUGACUUUAGGAGUAUUUUUAAGAAGGAAAUGCAGCAUCACUUGAAUGAACUUUUGAAAAAAACCAAACGUCCACCAACAGCACCGUCCGGUGCGAAACAAGCCACAGCAAAAGCGAAACCCGGCUCGCUGAAAGAACGUAUGAAGCGAUUGAUGCAAAACUAAGUGCU